UGCUAAGUUUUCCCACUGUUUUCGUUUGUCAUAUAUUUUCUUAUAACGUCUUAUAAAUGGCACAAAAAUACAGGACCAGUGGCUUCAGUGGCGUUGUGCUCACUAUAGUCCGGGUCCUUCUCAUCAUAACUCUCACCGUUUUAUUCCUUAUAAGCGGUUAUUAUUUUAUUAUAUCCAUCGAUGCCAUCGGCGAUGAUAUAGACGUCGCCAGAGAGACCCAUCUGACCCACGAUGACGACGGCCACCACUUGUUUGGUGUGACCAACUCGACCAGGAAGGAGGACCACAUCACUUCACUCAUCGUUUGGGUGGUCAUCACAAUGAUGGCCGCAAUCUUCUCGGCCGCCGGUAUUAUUGGCAGCAUUUGGAUCAACCCUUGUUUGGUGCUGUUCAGCGCUAUUAUGAUCCUAGUGUUUGCUUUGUCGGGAAUAUUCCUACCGGACAUCGGCCUAACACUGUCGGAUGUCUCAUCCAAUUAUCAUUUACUAGCUCUCGAGAUAGCGGUCAUAGUAUUAUCACUUUUAUUUGUCAUUAUAUUAAAUCGUUGGGGC